AUGAACGGGGAUCCAAAUCCUACCGAUGCGGCCUCGUUGCAGGCUGCACAGAGACAAGUUCGUGUGCAACUCACGAGCAAGCAAGAAGAUAUUGCACUGCCUGAGAAUACCGGCCCGAUUCUAGUUCCUACUGGCCUGCGGAGAUAUGCCCUUUCGACGUUGGUGAACAAUCUUCUCGGGAGCGUCAAACCAAUCCCAUUUGAAUUCUUGGUCAAUGGGUCAUUCCUCCGAACUUCAAUCGAUGAAUACUUGACAGCCAAUGGCAUCUCUGCUGAGACAACUUUGGAGAUUGAGUAUGUUAGGGCUCUAAUACCACCUCUUCACAUUGCGUCGUUCGAGCAUGAUGACUGGGUAAGCUCAGUCGAUGUGCUCUCUUCCACAUCGCCUGCUGCUUCCUGGGCCUCCGCAUCCAUCCCUCAAGGCCAGGAAAGGAUUCUUUCCGCCAGUUAUGAUGGUCUUCUUCGGGUAUGGGAUAUGUCUUCGCAGAUUGUAGCAACCUCGCCGUCAGCGCCUGAUGGAGGGCAUACCGCUUCCAUCAAAGCGGCCAAGUUCAUCUCUCCUAAUUCGAUCGCUUCGGCGGGACUCGAUCGGACAGUCCGUCUAUGGAAGUACUCGGAAACCGAUGAUGGCUUCUCAGGAAAGAUUUCUCCCCAGCUAGAGCUAUACGGGCACAAGCUCGGCAUCAACUCCUUGGCCGUCCACACUCCCUCGAACCGUAUUCUAUCCGCCUCUUCAGAUCAUAGUGUGGGCCUCUGGUCGACAAAAAAAUCCGACGCCCCAGCUGCCCCAGAGAAAUUGCUUCCGUCAGCCGUCUCGAAAAGUUCGAAGCGAAGGAAGUUGAACUCAUCCGUGAGCACUCCGCAACGCGGGCCAUUGGCCCUCUUGUCGUCCCACAGUGCGCCAGUGUCAGCUGCAAUUUUCGAUUCGAAGGACUCUACGGUUGGAUACUCGACUUCUUGGGAUCAUUCCCUACGCACCUGGGAUCUUAUUACCGCCACUUUAGUUGAUACUCGGACGACAUCGCACUCACUUCUCUCUCUCGAACACCUCCCUGACCACCAUCUCCUUGCAGCGGGCUCUUCUGCCCGUCAUAUCACUCUUAUUGACCCUCGGGCAUCUACGACAACCAUCGCAGCCAUGACACUGCGCGGCCACACCAACGCUGUUGUAACCUUGGCCCGUGACCCUAACAGCGCGUACGGUCUGAUCAGCGGUAGUCAUGACGGCACAUGCCGAAUUUGGGAUAUCCGAUCUACCAAGACAGACAAGGAAGGCGUUGUGGGAGAGAGUGUCUACUCGAUCUCGCGUAAAAGCCUGGAGGAAGGGGGCAAGUCCGAUGCUAAACGUGUUGGUGGGGAGGGCGUCAAGGUCUUCGGGGUGUGUUGGGACAAGUCAGUGGGCAUUAUCAGUGCUGGUGAGGAUAAGAGAAUUCAGAUCAACCGCGGAGAGGGCGUGCUAUCUUCUGCACAAAAUUAA